GCCUGAUUGGUUACCCUCUGCAUCAAGCCAAAACAAAUCAAUUCCGGAUAAUGGAUUGAUGCAGAGCUACUGAACACAUUCCAAUACACUGGGUGGCGCUAUUCACCUCUACGUUGGUUUAGUUACACGGUUAAACAGUACUUUCAUUGCAACGGCUAAAAAUCAAGAGAAGACUCGGUCCUGCUAGCCCCAAUGUUGAGACGCUGUGUGAGGUGCAGGACAAAAUGUCUAAAAGUUGCCCGGAGCUGCUGAGAGAAGCAGCGAAUUUGAUUGAGGAAGCUCUGAGCAGAAGUCCAACGGCUCCCGCGGCACCGGUGACUCCGGCAGCUCAGUCACAGCAGAUACCGGCCGCUCAAUCACGUACACCUGUCCAAGCGGAGGUAGCAAGGCUCUUUGCGCCAUAUAACAUUGGAGCCAGAAGGAAUAUGACGAGACGACCAGCACAAGUCCAAGUUAGCCGAAGAAGCUACACACACACUGUCUGUUGUUUGGCUGACCACAAUGCGGAUAAAAUUCCAAGCGUACUGUUUAAAGCUGAACUUCUUACUUCAGGACUUGGAGAGCAAAAAGUAACAUUUUCAGGGAAUGACCACGAUCCCAUGGUUAUAACAAAUAAACUGAUGGAAGUGUUUCCGAAGCUCCAACAAGGGGGAGGCUUUGAAUUUCUAAAACUUGUAGGAUCUACUCGCAGUCUAAAUCUUGCGUUGCUUCAGUGUCCCAGCACUGGAUACACCCUUGCCUAUCUGAAAGAUCCAUCGACGAUGAUUGGACAGGCUACAAUCUACAUACGUCCACUUCAACAGGAUCUACCCUUAGAUUGUGAGAGCUCACGUCCUGCCUCUGGUCCAGUCAUCCCCUGCAUCACUUGUCAGAAGGAAGUUCCCUUUUCAGAGAUGAAGCUGCACAGAUUGAGCUGCAAUGGGACACCCAUGCAGGAAUCAGAAAGAGAACAAGAGGGAGGCCAAAGUGAAGAAAAUGAUAGUGAGACAGCCCUAGUCAGUGACAGUGUUCCAGUGAGGCCUGAAACAUCAGCUGAGAGUGCAGUAGUACCGGCAGUGAUUGUCAACGAGGAGUUGGAUCGCAAAGAAACAGACAGUGAAUGGAAGCUUAUUAAAGAACCCACUCAAGCUGCCAAAGUUUUCAAAGAGAAUCUGCUAAGGGAACAUGCAACUGGGAAACCACUUAGAAUGAAGAUGGAUGUAAGGGACUCUGAAGAGGACAGGGAACGGGAGCUUCUCUUAUUCUAUAAACAGCAGCAAGAAUGGGCAUGUCCACUUCAUUGUACUCUGGUUGGUGAUGUUGCUAUCGGAGAGGGAGUGAUGCGGUACUUUAUGACAACAAUCAUAUCCAAACUCCAGUUUGGAUUCAGUCUAGAUCUUGGAGGAAUGGGCCGAACACUGCUAUUUGAGGGUGAACCUGACCAUCUUGUUCCAGCAGCAUCAGAGGCACUUAUUGAAAGCAACCUCUUCCGGGUUGCAGGAAGGAUGUUGGGCCACACCUUUCUGCAUGAUGGUCCCCAUGUCACAGGACUAAGUCCUGCUGUAAUUCAUGUACUGUUCAAUGGGGACCCUGAAAUGGCUACUGUUGUUACAGAAGAGUGUCCUGAUCUGCACAUCAGGAGCAUCAUAGAACUGCUUGAACAUGAAGAUCUUACACCGGAACAGAAGGACACAGUUUCAGAUCUUUCCAUGUCUUGGGAUCUUCCGGCAGUCACCAAAACAAAUCGGAGAUGGCUACAUAACAAACUUCUACUCCAUGCAGUCGUUGGGAGGACCAUGCGCCAAAUUAAACAGUUGAGAAAGGGACUGAAAGAUGUGAUGGUAUGGCCCCUGCUGACAUCUAGGCCGGAUGUUGUACCACUUCUUUUCCCCAAAAUGGCUGAAAUGCAGUUCACACCCCAGAUGCUCCUAGAAAAAAUCACAUGGCCAGUUGAGGACAGUGAUGAUGAAGACUUUGACUUAGACACCACCUGCCGCAUCACUGGCUUUCUAAGGAUGUUCAUUGAAACAGCUUCAUCAGGUACCCUGGCCCAGCUGCUGACAUUCUGGGUUGGCUGGGAGAUGCUUCCUCCUGAACUGAGAGUGGAGAUUUCUGGGGGAACCCUUCCUACGUCCUCCACAUGCUUUGAAACCCUAAAGCUGCCAGCUCAUUUCAAACUCUACAUGGACUUUGAGAAAGCACUUGUCGCUGCCAUAAAAAGUACUGGAUUUGGGCUUGUUUAAGUUUUUUUCAGACGUCAAUUAGGGCUGGGCAAUAUUUUAAUAUUAUAUCUAUCGUGAUAUAAGACUAGAUAUCGUCUUAAGGUGCUUUUCCAUUACCAGUACCUACUUGACUCGCUCGCCUCGACUCGCUGUGCGUCCGUUUCCCAUUGCAGAUUUUAGGACGAGGCGAGUAGGUACCAUGUAAUGGAAAAGCACCAUUAGAUUUUGAAGAAGUGUAAUAUCGUUACAUGGUAAGUUUAGUCUUUUCCUGGUUUCAAAGGCUGCAUUACAGUAAAGUGAUGUCAUUUUCUGAACUUACCAGACUGUUCUAGCUGUUCUAUUAUUUGCCUUUUACCACUUAGUCAUUAUAUCCACAAUAUGAUAGUUAUUUAUCCGAAAUCUAAAUGUGGAAGAUAUUUUGUGAAUGCACCAAUUGUCAACCUUACAAUAUCGUUGCAAUAUCGACAUCAAGGUGUUAGGUCAAAAAUGUGAUA